CUUUUAUAAAAGCAGCUGUCAAAUCCACAGAUGUGCAGUUCGAGGCAGGCUGCUCGUCCGGAUUGCUGAGACAGCGCCGCGUUUCUCCCUCUGCCGAAUUCUGCAAAAAAAUAAAUAAAACAAAUUCCCCAUGGAUGAUUUGCAACUUGUGAAGGAAGCCGGCAAAGCGAUGGACCGAUUGGAGAUUUCUGAAGAGACGUCCGGAACGGAUGAUAGUCCAAGAAUCAAGAGCUGCUCUGUUCAAGAGGAAAGGCCCUGCAAUAAAUUUGUGGAUCUAGAACUCAGAAAUCCAGAAAAGGAGACCUCGGCAUCUUUGCAUCCCGUGGCUGUGACGGUGUCAGCCCCGGUGCCUCUCCAGCAGUGCCCGUUCAGAGUCUCUGCCAGUGACAUGACCUGCCUCAUCUGUUUCCACCAAUUCAGCCUCGCCCGGCUGCCGAAAGUCCUGGCGUGCCAGCAUGCCUUCUGCGCCCCGUGCCUGAAGAUGAUCUUGCGGCAAGAAGAUCGCACCUGGAUCGUCAGCUGUCCCCUCUGCCGAAAAGCCACGGUGGUAUUCGGGGGUCUCAUCUGCAGCCUCCGCAACUUACAGCAUGUCACGGAGCUGUUGGGCCCCGCAGAUCCAGAUGCAGAGAUGGCUGGCAUUCCGGGCGCUGUCGGGGUGCGGCACAGCCAGGAGCCUCCUUGUCCCGAAAUGCAAUCUCAGGACUCGGACGAGAUCAACCAGGCUGCCAUCAAGAGAUUGAUUCUGCUGCUUCUGCUCGUUUCUCUACUGAUUGUCUUCAUCCUCCCAUUCACCAACACCGGACUGCUGACAUGGUGCCUUUGCUUCGUGGUGGUUUUAGGCGGCAUAAUCUGCGCUGUGCUUUGCUGGGACCCCAGUUGGAGCCGCCCAAGUUUUUCACUGCCCCUCUGGACAAAGAAGGUCAAUCAAGUGGCCUGAGAAAUGACCCUUCUAGGAAGGGUCACGAGCCUCUCGGUGCUCGAGACCAAAGACCAAAGGGGCGGUUGAACGAGUGUCGAGGCUGGGUGGGUUCAGAUGUGGCAUACGCUCCUGGAAAUCUUGGCAGAUAAUCCAUAGCUGUUUUGUUGCAUCUGGCUUCACGUCACUUUGGUCCGAAAAUCGCAAACACAAUCCUGAUGCUUCCUUAAAUAAUAAGGGGUUUUUUUUAUUUUGGAGGGUAUCUGAAUAAAUUUAUUUGUCUGAAUGAAUACAUCCGGUUUUAUUCCACCACAACAAACCAAAGGUGGCUUCCGGCUUUUUUUUUAAAAAAAGAAGAGAGUCAAAGAUUAAUGAGUAACAUCUAGAUGGAAACUCAACCAUGAGAUGCAGUCUACCUCCAAAGAACUAGCUUAAUACCUGGGACAACUGGUAGCCUCAUGUCUUCCUUAAAGGUGGUCCUUUUUAAGGAGAUAAAAAUGUGAGUUUAGUUUAUUGAGGGGUUUAAUGGUAAUCUUGGUUUUAAUUUUAGCCAUUUUUGAGGUUUCCUUCAAAGGCUGCACAACCAUAAGCUUUUAAAACAGAAAGCUUCCCUUUAAUUUCAUUGUUAAAACACAUAAUUAUGCUGCUUUAAAAUAUUUUUUUAAAAAAAUCAGUACACAAACAUUGUUGGUAAACUGGGAAUUUAAAUCUAUUUAUGUCAGGGACUUAAAUUUCUUCUGGAAACAUUUGAAGGGAGAUAGAGAUGGAUUUCUUAUAUAUAUAUAGUUUGUAGGGAAUUGUUUUGUGAAAUCAAGAUUCACGUUAGUAAGUGGGAACAAGCAUAACGAAGCAGCAUAUUGAAGCACAUUGUUGAAACGUUUUAUGUUUAUGCUGUGAAGAUUCAUAUAAAGAGAAUUUUGCCUUGA